CUUGGUGGCGGGCCGUGGCCAUGAGCAAAAGGAACCAGGUGUCGUACGUGCGGCCGGCCGAGCCCGCCUUCCUCAGCCGCUUCAAGCAGCGGGUCGGGUACCGGGAGGGGCCCACGGUGGAAACCAAGAGAGAGCAGCUUCCGCUUGCAGAUGAUGACAGUGAGAACGGCAGUGACAAUGAAGAUGAGCAGCCUCAAGUGGUAACACUGAAAAAAGGGGACUUGACUGCCGAAGAAGCCAUGAAAAUUAAACAGCAAAUGAAAGAGGCCUUAAAGUCAAAUGAAUCAGACGGUGAUCCAGAACCUGCUGAUGGAAAAAUUAUGUUCAGGAAACCAGUCAAACGUUCAUCAGAGAAGCUUUUGGACUUCAAUGUAAGUUCAAGUAAGAAGAUGAAAGAAGCAAAGAAAACGAAGAGAGAAGCAACUACUCCUCCGAGUACAGCUAAGCAAAUAAAAAAUAGCAGUCUUCUCUCAUUUGAUGAUGAGGAAAAUGAUGAUUAGGAUUUGUAUUUUUUAAUAUUUUACUUACCCUUCUAGGGAUCUGAGUAGGAGUGUUUUCCUAGAAAUUGAAGAAUGGUAUCUGAGUCUUCUCUUACUUUGUUAUAGUCCAACUAGGGAAACAUAGUAUAAAACUAGCAAGAUCUGUCUUUGCAGUUCAGAUGGAACUGUAUGAACAGGAUGUCAUGUCUUUAUUUUAAAAGAGAGUUUCACCAUGUGUAUAAAAGCUAUUUGAAGUCACUAAAUGAGUAGCAAAAUACACCUGUACAUAUCCAGCUUAUAUAAAUUUUCAAUCAAUACAUUGCAAAAUGUCCUCCAUUACUAAAAAUGUAUUUCCUCUCUCUUUACUGGCCUUAGUUGACAGUUGUGUG